AUGACAAACCGGGCUGGACCCGUUGUCCCCCGGCGGCGGCCCGGCGGCCGCCAAGCCCGAGGCGGCUCCCGGCCUCCUUGCGCCCCGGAGCCGGACGGCUCGGGCGCAGCCAUCCCGCCCGAGAAACCGCCCGCUUUCCAGACCCGCACCUCCUUUGGCUUUUUCCAUUUGUCUUGGGUUUUUUGCUGCGGGAUGCUGGUGGUGGUGAGUAUCCAGAGAUCCCGAGCACUCCCAGAGCCAGCUGACGGGCGGCCCGUGCCCUGUGCUCGGCCUGAUGACUCGCCCCAGCCUGGAAACGGCCUGCCCGCGCCCCCGCCCCCGCCGAGGACUCCAGGCGGCCCUCCCCCGCCGAACGGAACCCAGGCGGGGCCGGCGGGGGAGGCGAGGACCCGGCCGCCGGCCCCUGAUGCCUCUUGGCCCGCCCCGCCCCGCCCGCCGGCGAGCGGCCGGCCGCUUUCGGGCCGCUUCUUUCACGGCGUCCCUGCCCCUGCCCCUGGCUCUGCCCCUGGACCUGGCUGUCGCGGCCGCCCGUCCAUCGACGGUUGGGGGCGCCCCGCCCUCCCCCGUCGGACUCCCUGCCGCCGCCUGCAGCGGCGGCAGGGGCUGAAGGGAGGGAGGCGGAAAUCCGGCCGGGAGGCGGGAGCCCAGACGGCAGCGGCGGCAGCGGACGGGCUUGCUCCCGCCGCCGCCGCCGCCGCCUGCGCGGCCAAGCCCCCGCCCCGCGUCUCGGGCCUGGGACCCGCGCGGAGGGAAGUCGAGGCCGCGCGCGGCCCGGCUGGGCCUCUCUCUCUGUCUCUCUGGCUGGCAAGCGCGCGCGCGCACGCCCCCCCCCCCACCGACGGAGGAGCGCGCCGCCGCCGGCGGCACGCGGCCCCUUCGCUCGCUGCCCGGGCUCCCGGACUCCGCGUCUCGGGCCUGGGACCCGCGCGGAGGAGAGCGCCGAGGCGGACCGCGCUGGCGCGGGCACGGGCGCCCGCGCCGCCGGGGCCCCCUGUCGGCCCCGGCCCGCCGAGAGAGGCCUCGGAGGAGGAGGAGGAGGAGGAGGCGGACCGGCGCCCGCGGCUCCUGCCGGCCGGCCGGCCGGCCGGCUGGCGACAAAAGCUUGUGUCGAGGGCUGAUUCUCAAUAG